CAUCUCCACAACUACAAUAUUCACUCUUCCCCCCCCAACUACAACAUCGUUUCAGCACCACGCUCUUUAUUUGACCACGAUCACAGUAUCUGCCUCAAGGGGGGCCUGCUUACCAUGGCUUCCCCUCUAUCGGCGACGACUCAAGUAUCUUCAUCGACACCCUUACAAACUCUUUCCAACGGACAUACUUCUCCGUUGGCUAAUACCACACUCACGAACGACGAUGCUCCAUACGACAGCACCGAGGACUCUGAAUCAUCUCCCGAAGAAGCUCAGGGUGAAUCCGAUGAUGCCGAUUUCGAUAUCGAAGAAAACCCUACUCCUGCAGCGACGAAUGGUGGACGACAUGACCGUUCUACCUCAACUGAAUCUCGUCGUCCUGCGAAGCGGAAACUCGGCGUCGAAGAAGAUGAACACAUUCUGGCCAAUCCAGAAUUAUACGGCCUGCGAAGAAGUGGUCGUCCAUCUCAACAUCGACGCAUCAUUGAGUCCGAUGACGAUGACGAAGACUCUGAAUCCGAUAUCGUGACCGCGCAUAGAGGGAAGCGAAGAAAGCAAGAGCGCUCUCGACCCUCGUCAAAACGUGAUACUCCGGCCCUUCGCUCUGUUUCCAGUUCCGAUUCUGAUUCCGAUACUUAUGGAGGUGCUCGUGCCAAAAGCUUAACAAAGAAACACCGUCGCCGCCAACUGGAGUCGGGCAAUACCGCUCCAGUUUACCAAGAAAAGAGAUGGAAUAGCCGACGAGCUGCACAGGUCACGGCUGGGGCCUAUCAGGAAAGCGAUAUAGACUUGGAAGAUGACUCUGAAAUGAUGACUCCGAACUAUUGGGUCGCUGAUACCGAGGAUACCUCUCCAUAUAUCGAUGCUGUCCUGAAACACAGACUUAUGGAAGGGAAGGAUAUACACAACGAGGACCUAGGCCGGGAUGACUUCGAAUAUUACAUCAAGUGGCAAGGAAAGUCUCAUUACCAUGCUACCUGGGAGACAACGAAAUCCUUGACUGGCGUACGCGGCUUUCGACGACUUGAGAAUUAUUACAGAAAGAUAGUUCUCGAUGAUAUUCACAUCUCUCGCGGUGAGGACGUUCCUCUUGAAGAAAGAGAGAAGUGGAUGCUGGAUCGGGAACGUGAUUCAGACGCCCUUCUUGAUUAUACCAAAGUUGAGAGGGUCAUAGGUUCACGUGAUGACAAUGGGGAAACUGAGUACUUCGUGAAAUGGAAGGGUCUCUAUUACGAGUCUUGUACCUGGGAAUCAGCUUCUUUGGUCAGCGAGAUCGCUCAGGAUGCAAUUGACCGGUUCUUGGAUCGUAGCUCUCGAUCCCUGACUUCGGACCGGACUGAGUCCAAUCCUAAUACUAGAAGCCCGCACACAGCGAUUCGAGAACAACCGAAAUAUAUCAAGAAUGGCCAACUGCGAGAUUUUCAGAUCACUGGACUGAACUUCCUUGCCUACAACUGGUGCAGGAAUAAGAAUGUCAUCCUGGCAGACGAGAUGGGCUUGGGUAAGACAGUUCAAACAGUAUCUUUUAUGAAUUGGCUUCGUCAUGAUAGACGUCAGGAAGGUCCAUUUCUCGUUGUAGUUCCUCUUACGACCAUACCCGCUUGGGCCGAUACAUUUGAUCACUGGGCACCCGACAUGAAUUAUGUUAUUUACAACGGAAAGGAGGCAUCCCGGAGCAUCAUCAGAGACUACGAACUACUUGCUGAUGGGAAUCCAAAGAAACCAAAGUUCAAUGUUCUUCUCACGUCAUAUGAAUACAUUCUUGCCGAUGCAAAUUUCUUGGCUCAGAUCAAAUGGCAGUUUCUGGCUGUCGACGAAGCUCAUCGCCUAAAGAAUCGAGAGUCUCAAUUGUACCAAAGACUCCUUGAUUUCAAGGCUCCAUCUCGGUUGUUGAUUACCGGUACACCUGUUCAGAAUACCCUGGGAGAGUUAUCCGCCCUUAUGGACUUCCUCAUGCCGGGUGAAUUGGAUAUUGAGGAGAACAUGGAUCUAACUGAAGAGGCUGCAGGCGAAAAGAUCGCCGCUCUGACUAGUAUGAUCCAACCAUACAUUCUUCGCCGAACGAAACAGAAAGUCGAGAAUGACUUACCGCCCAAGAGCGAGAAAAUUAUCAGGGUUGAGUUGUCUGAUGUCCAGUUAGAUUACUACAAGAAUAUUCUUACGAGGAACUACGCUGCACUCAAUGAGGGUGCCAAAGGGCAGAAGCAGUCGUUACUGAACAUCAUGAUGGAGCUAAAGAAAGCCAGUAAUCAUCCUUACAUGUUUCCGAACGCCGAGGAGAAGAUUCUGAAAGGCAGUACGAGACGUGAAGAUCAACUGAAAGGUCUCAUUGCGAGCAGCGGCAAGAUGAUGCUCCUCGAUCAAUUGUUAACGAAGUUGAAAAGAGACAAUCACCGUGUGUUAAUCUUCAGUCAGAUGGUGAAGAUGCUUGAUAUCCUAGGGGAUUAUCUUCAGCUUCGAGGCUAUCAAUUCCAGCGCCUCGACGGCACCAUAGCAGCUGGACCUCGACGAGUCGCCAUUGACCACUUCAAUGCCGAAGAUAGCACCGACUUCUGUUUUCUACUAUCCACGCGCGCCGGAGGUCUUGGAAUCAACUUGAUGACAGCCGACACGGUCAUCAUUUUCGAUUCAGAUUGGAAUCCUCAGGCGGAUUUACAAGCAAUGGCUCGCGCACACCGCAUUGGACAGAAGAAGCCUGUCAGUAUUUAUAGAUUGGUGUCCAAGGAGACAGUUGAAGAAGAAGUCCUCGAGCGUGCUCGCAACAAGCUCAUGCUCGAAUUUAUCACUAUCCAGAGAGGCGUCACUGAUAAGGAUAAAAAGGAGCUUCGCGAGAAAGCUAUCAAGGCUGGCAAGAUAGACGAUCCCAAGUCAUCUGAAGACAUUUCCAGGAUUCUUAAAAGAAGAGGCCAGAAAAUGUUUGAGCAGUCCGGUAAUCAAAAGAAACUUGAAGAGCUUGAUAUCGACUCGGUUCUUGAAAAUGCAGAAGAGCAUAAAACAGAAGUGCCAGAAGGAAUGGUCGCCGACGGUGGCGAGGAUUUUCUGAAGAGCUUCGAAUACACAGAUGUCAAGAUCGACCUAGAAUGGGACGAUAUCAUUCCGAAAGACCAGUUGGCAAGUAUUAAAGCAGAAGAAGAAAAGCGGCUCCACGAAGAGUAUCUUGCCAAGGUUGUUGAAGAAAACGCUCCGCGGAAAGCUGCUAUGAAGAACACGGCCGAAUACGAGAGAGAACAGCGUCUAGCAAAAAAGCGCGAGCGGGACCAAGCCAAACAGGACGAGAUAGAUGAGAAGAAAGAAGCGCAAGCAAACCUUGCUGACCCAAAGCGAGAGUUGAAUGAGAAAGAGGCCCGGAACCUUUUUAGGGCCUUUCUUCGCUAUGGUUCAAUCGAUGACCGUGGCGAAGAGUUGAUCAAAGAUGCUCGUCUUGUCGGUCGUGAUAUCGAUUUGCUACGCUCUACCUUAAAAGCCAUCACGGACGAGAGUGCUAAACGACUUAAGGAGGAUGCUGCACGGAUUGAAGCAAUGGAGCGUGAGACUAAUAAGCCACUGACCAAGAAAGACAAGAAAGCCGUUCUUUUCGAUUAUCUCGGAGUCAAGCGACUAAAUGCUGAAACCGUCUUGGAACGACCAGGUGAAAUGAGAAUGUUGAAGGAGGUGAUCGGCUCUGUGGCUGAUUACAAGAACUUCCGUGUUCCCGAUGCAUCCAAAGCCGCUCACUAUUCCUGUGAAUGGGGCGCAAGAGAAGAUGGCAUGCUCCUGGUAGGUAUACAUAGACACGGCUAUGGAGCAUGGGUUCAAAUUCGGGAUGAUCCUGAUUUAGGACUGCAAGACAAAUUCUUCUUGGAAGAGCAUCGUGUUGAUAAGAAGGAGGAGCGGAACAAAGGGGAUGAGAAAGUGGCCAAGGCGCCAGGGGCAGUUCAUCUUGUUCGCCGUUCUGAUUACCUCUUAUCAGUCUUGAAGGCCAAAUAUUCUGAUAAUCAGGCUGCCAAGCGUGCUGUCGAGAACCAUCAUCGGAAUAACAAAAAGCAUGAGCGCAAUGGGCAUCGACGAUCCGAGACCAGAGGCUCCGUCUCUGCUUCUCCCGCUCCCCAGUUCAAGAAAAAUCACCGUCAACCUGAACAUCAUGGUCAUGACCGCGAAAGAGAUCGUUCCCACAAGCAUGGCGAGCAUCGUGGCAUGGAUCCUCGUCGUCAUAGCACCGAAGACAGUACUAGCUCCAGGCCUGAGUUGAAGAGAAAACAUAGUGGUCGUGAUGAUGAUCGUCAUCAUGAUCGACAUCAAAAGCAGCGAAAGUCUGAGAACGGCCAUAGCAAACCAACCCACCAGCAUGAAUCUAUGAUGAAGGUUAUCUUUAAGCCAAUCAAGGAUAGCCUCAAACGAGUGCAAUCAGCUACGAAGACCAAUAUCAAAUCCCAGAAGGAGCGAGCCAAUGUUAUGAAACAAGAACUGGUGACUAUAGGUGACUUUAUUCAAUCUUUAUCACAAGAUGAGGAGAGUGAAGAACUCCGGCCAAGUUUCUGGUCUUAUGUCGCCAUGUCAUGGCCUCUCGAUCCACCUCCACCCGGUGCACAGCUAGAAGGAAUGUAUAUAAAGAUUUUGAAGAACUUGAACGAUAAAGCAGCGGGGCCUUCAACAGAUACCGGUGGUGCAGCAGAAUCAACCGCCCCCAACAGCACCUCUGCUCCAUCAACAGCUGCCAUCAAAGGCGCAUAGCCCUGCCGUCGACUGUAUGGCAUAAAAUUUGUUUUCGAAUACCAUUGCGUAGGCGUUCAGUGUGGUUUUUGACUUUUCGGAUCAACCAGGCCGGUGGUUCAAUUACGCGGCCGAAUCAUUGCAUUCAACGGGCGUACGGUUCUGUUUUAGAGGGGAAAAUAUCAGGGCUCCGGCUGGGGCUUUGAUUCUAUGUAUGAGUUUCGGCUCGUUACGAAGGGCUUGGCCUUGCUUUUUCUCCUGUAGUUGAGAAAGGCAUAUCCUACAAAAAGAACACGAUGAGAAUGGAAAAGAGAAGGAAUGACAGGCAUAUUUUGCAGCGCGUAAUUUAUAUUCGUUACGUU